CAUUCACACAUCAGCAAUGGCUACAGCUACUCCAACGGGUUACAGUGAAGAAAAAUCCUUUGAAAUUUUGCAGCUUCUGAUUGGUCUACAUUGAUCACAUGACCUCAGUGCAAAGCAAUUUUACAAGGUUUAAAAAUAUUUCAUUUGCAAAUAUUGAAUUAAUUAUGCUUGAAAUUAUAGCUAUUGAUGUGGCCUACGUUCGAGUCAGCGCGCCGUGUAAUUGAGUGCCUUUGAGUCGAAUAUUGACGUGCAUUUUGUAGAAGCGUCGCUUUGACGUCCGCCAUUAUGUUGUGCAGUCUCACGUGACCUCGGGAGGAGCAUGAUGGGAACGAAAAUAAGCGCAAAGCAGUGGUGAUGUUUGUCGUUUAUGUUUAUAUUGAAGAUUGGUGAUUUCAUUUAAAACGUUUUUUUUUAUAUUUGCUGUUAAAGACACCUUACUUUUAAUAAAGUUACAUUUUAAGUUUAAAAUGGUUUAAAAGAUUACCAAGGGUAAAAGUGACAGGUUAUCAAGAAAUAUAUGGCGGUCAAAACAUAAACAAAUAUUGUUCUGUGCAACCAGAAUCUUCGAAGUAGAGGACACCGCAUACAGCACCAAAAAAUGGUCCCAUUAGGACCAGCGGCCACUCAUUCGUCUUCUGGCCCCAACACCAAUACAUCUUCAAACACUAAUAUUCCCAGUUCUGGUGGUAGUUCGAGGUCCAGCUCAUCGGUGAAACCGAACUAUACUCUGAAAUUCACAUUAGCUGGUCACACAAAAGCUGUAUCUGCAGUGAAGUUCAGUCCCAAUGGUGAAUGGCUCGCUAGUUCAUCUGCUGACAAGCUUAUAAAGAUUUGGGGUGCAUACGAUGGCAAGUUUGAGAAGACGAUAUCGGGACACAAACUCGGUAUAUCAGACGUAGCGUGGUCAAGCGAUAGUCGCUUGCUAGUCAGUGCAUCUGAUGACAAAACCCUCAAGAUAUGGGAACUCAGCUCUGGUAAAUGCCUUAAGACAUUGAAAGGUCACACCAACUACGUCUUCUGUUGUAAUUUCAAUCCACAGUCAAACUUGAUUGUUUCAGGGUCUUUUGAUGAGAGUGUGCGAAUCUGGGAUGUUCGGACGGGCAAAUGCCUUAAAACACUGCCCGCACAUUCAGAUCCUGUCAGUGCUGUGCAUUUCAAUAGGGAUGGUUCCCUAAUUGUUUCCAGCAGUUACGAUGGUCUUUGUCGAAUAUGGGACACCGCGUCUGGUCAGUGCUUGAAGACCUUAAUAGAUGACGACAACCCGCCUGUAUCAUUUGUAAAAUUCUCUCCCAAUGGAAAGUAUAUCCUGGCCGCAACUUUAGAUAAUACACUCAAAUUGUGGGACUACAGCAAAGGCAAAUGCUUGAAAACUUACACAGGCCAUCGAAAUGAAAAAUAUUGUAUAUUCGCAAACUUCUCUGUUACUGGAGGCAAGUGGAUAGUGUCAGGAUCUGAAGACCACAUGGUUUAUAUAUGGAACUUGCAGACAAAAGAAAUUGUACAAAAACUUCAAGGCCACACAGAUGUGGUCUUGUGCACCACGUGCCACCCGACCGAAAACAUCAUUGCAUCUGCGGCUUUAGAGAGUGAUAAAACUAUAAAAUUGUGGAAGAGCGACACAUAACCAAUGUGAAGUCACGUGUGAAGCGUGUGUGUGGGUUGGACAGUGGGGGAGUUCGCUGAGACAAAGCAUUUGCAGUGUGUGUUCCUACAGUUUUUUUUUCUAUCGAAAAAAGAAAAGAUUGGCAUUGUUUCUUUUAGUGUGGAAGCUAUCAGGACAAGUCACAAAGGUGAUUGUAUUUUAUAAUUUUGGUGGCUAGUGAACGUGAAAAUUCUAGAAGAUAAAGGAAUUUAAAAUGCUCUGGAAAUGCACAAGCUACAUAAGUUGAGGGUGUUUUGAGUCAAACUAAGAACUGUUUGUGAAAAGUUCAGUUUUAGGUUAUGUGUGCUACAGUAGUAAAAAAAUAAUAAACUGUCAUUAGAAAAGAACAUUUGAUAGUUUAUGCAGGUCAUGAUAUUUCUUAUUAUUUUUGUGUGUUUGUGUUAAAAGACUAUGUUUUUACUAUGCAGCUUAUAAAAAGUUAAACGUCAAGAAUUUUGUUAUUGUUUACUAGCCACCCUAAUUAUUGUACAUCUCUUCAAAUGUUAUGUGGGGAAUAUUUCAAAUUUUUAACUUUUUUGUUUCUGUUUUUGUCACCCCGAAAAACUUAUGGUUUUUAAGGAACUUUAAGAUCAUAUGAACACAUGCAAUACUCUGUUGGUUUUAUGAGAAGUAGUUUUCUGUAUGCAAACGUGUUAAGACUAGGAAUCACAUGCCAUAUUGAUUCUUUUCAUUUUCUCCUCAUUAGUUCUAGUAAACUGCAAUUUCUAUAAAUGUAACACUAUACCUCUUUUGCAUUUGUGGUUCUGUCACAAAUUUUGUCAAUGGAUAUUUAAUAAAUGUAAAAAAAACUUGUUAUACCCAUUAUAUAACACUUAGUAAAUACCCAUUGAAAAUAUUUGUGAUUGAACAACAUAUGCAAGAGUGGUAUAGUAUAAAAUUUACAGAAAUAGCUCUUAACAAAUAGUAACAACAAGGAAAUUAAAAAAUCAACAUUCAUUGUGAAACCCAGCCUUAACAAAUGGAAUGACUGUCUUCAAUUUUGUACAAAUUCUUUUAUUACACCAUAAACAUUUGUUUAACAA